GAGAGGAAAAGUGCCAACCUUGAAAUGAGCAAUUCUUGGGUUCAUAUGAAUUUUAUGGGGACCUCACUGUUAUUUUACAUUACUGAGUUAUGUUUUUCCUGAAAUGAAAUAAUCUCGGCCACUGGAUCACCGUGUCAGUCGGUGAUUGCACUUUUCCCAAAAAGACAAAAGAAAACAUGGGAACAUUAGAUCACGGGACUGCAAGAUUGCUUUAUAAUCUUUGUCAUCUUCUGGUGCUGUGCAUGUUUCAAAAGAAUCUCUCUUUACUGGUUUUUUUUGGUUGUUUCAUUCACUCACUGCUCCAUAAUGGAAAUAUCACGAGGCUCCAGUUACCCAUGCUCCUUUUCUACGUCUCUCUGUUUCUAUACACUGACGAAACAGCACUCAAUCAUCACCAUGUUUAAAAUUAAGAAUGAACAUGAAAGAAAGAAAGAUAAGAAGAGCUAACUAGACACUCAUAUCUUUGCAUUCAUUUUCUUCAAGCUCUCAAGUAGAAAAUGCAGUUCUCCGAAACAUCUGUCUGUAAAACCUCAGAAAGCGAGUCCGAAAACGUUCUGCGUUUCAACAAGUCUCUUCAAGAACUCAGAGACUUGCGGUUGCAGCUGCAUCAUGCAGCCGAAUACUGUGAAGCAACAUUCAUGAAUGCCAAAGAGAAGAAAGUUGUUGUGGAAAACACAAAAGAGUACAUAUGCAGAGCUGUGGUUGCUGUUGUUGAUCAUCUUGGAUGUGUCUCUUCUAAUCUAAAUCAAAGCAUUUCUAAGAACAAUGAAUUUUCUGAGGCUGAACUUAGAAUUAACAGCCUAAAUCAAAGGCUUCUUUCAUGUGAAGAAUAUGCUCAAAAGCUUGCUCUAAAAAGAGUAAGAUGGAGUGCAAAUUUGCCAAGAUUUCAUCGCCGAUACUUAUCAGCACCAAUCACAAAUGUUGAGAUUGACAAGUUAAAUGAAGAUGAAAGGAACCCGAAUUCUCCAGCUGCUAAAAUCAUCAUAGAUAAGCCUGGAUUUGAAGCAGAGGACUUGCCACUUUUCUUGUGCACUUACACCCAGAAACCAUCUCUGGCUAGGAAUUCAUAUUCCAUUGAGAAAGAUGACUCUGAUUCUGCUUCAGCACUUCCUGUUCAUGAUGGCCUUUCAAUACUAUCUAAAGCUCCAAAUCCCACUUUCCAUUUUCAGCAAAUUUCUCAGAAGCAUGGACGGUACAGAUUGUUCAGAAAAUCAGCAUCACGGAACAGUAGUAAUGAGAUCUUCUCACUCAUUCGGCGAAUUAAACGAACAAUAUGAAUAAAUUUGUGUAUAUUUAUUUGUUUUGCUUAGUGAGUGAUCAUAGAGAUUGUGAUGAUUCUUGUAUUUGGAGUAGUGUUAAAAUUUCUUCUCCUUUCAGCUUUAUAGUUCCAAGUGAGGAGGAUGUAUAUUAGGAUCAUUAACAGCCUUUCUGGUUCUAAAUGUGAGAUUUGUAGCUUUUGCAUGUGAAA